AUGACAAUGUUUCUAGGAUUGCAAGUGCGUCAGGAUUCUUCUGGCAUUCUACUGCAUCAAGGCAAAUAUGUUGAUGACAUGUUGGAGAAAUUCGGGUUCAAGGAUGCAAAAGUUGCUUCUACUCCCAUGGCUGAACGACCUCUGUUGACAUCAAAUUUGGAUGGAGAAUCGGUUGAUCAAACUAUGUAUCGAUCUAUGAUUGGUUCUCUGAUGUAUCUGACUACUAGCAAACCAGAUAUACUUUUUGUUGUCUGUCAAUACAUGCACAAUCAAGCUAUUCCUAAACUUUCUCAUUUAAUUGCUAUCAAACGAAUUUUUAGGUACCUUAAAGGAAUACCUAAAUUAGGUCUCUGGUAUCCCAAAAAUUGUGUAUUUGAUCUUUAUGCUUUUACUGACAGCAACUAUGGAGGUUGUGACAUUGACAUGAAAUCUACAAGUGCUGGAUGUCAAUUGUUGGGAAAUAGACUAAUCUCGUGGCAGUGCAAGAAACAACAAACUAUGUCCAAUUCAACAACUGAGGCUAAAUACGUUGCUGCAUCUACUUGUUGUUCUCAGGUCAUCUAG